GACUUCAACUUUCUCCCCAUCCCUAAGCACCUGCAAUACUAUGCGUCACACCCACCGACAUUCAAUUUGACCCUGAAUGUCCUCUUCGGGGUCGGUGGCACAUUUGUCGUCUCAAACCUAUACUAUUGUCAACCACUUCUUAUCCAAUUAUCGCUGUCAUUCAACGUCUCUUAUAAUCAAGUCUCUCGAGUUCCCACGCUUGUGCAGGCUGGCUACGCAUGUGGUCUGCUCCUCAUUUCUCCCCUGGGUGAUCUUGUCCGGCGACGAGCACUCAUCCUCGUGCUCAUCGCAGCCUCCACCGCCUUGACGAUCGGCCUGCCGCUCACGAAUUCCCUCCAGGCGUUCGAGGCCCUCAGCUUCCUCAUCGGAUUCAGCUCCGUCGUGCCGCAGAUCCUGAUGCCCUUCGCCGCGGACCUGGCGCCGCCGCAUAAGCGCGCGGCCGCGCUGUCGAUUGUGCUCUCGGGCCUGCUGCUCGGCAUCCUCUUCGCGCGUGUCGUCGCCGGUGUCGUCGCGAACUUUGUGACGUGGCGCAUCGUGUACUGGCUCUCGGUGGGUCUGCAGUCGUGCGUGCUCCUGCUCAUGUACUUCAAGCUGCCCGACUUCCCCCCGAAGAACGAGCACAUGUCUUACUUCAGCAUCCUGUACACGAUGGCGAAGUUCGCCGUCACCGAGCCGCUGCUCAUCCAGUCGUCGCUCAUCAACAUCGCGUCCAUGGCGUGCUUCACCAACUUCUGGGUCACGCUCACGUUCUUGCUCGGCGGACCAAUCUACAACUACAGCACCCUGGUCAUCGGCCUCUUCGGUCUCGUGGGCAUGGGCGGCGUCUCGACGUCGCCGAUCCUGGGGCGGCUCGUCGACAAGAUGGUGCCGUGGUAUGGCACGCUGAUCGCGACGUUCGGCCAGACGAUCUUCUACGCGAUCCAGACGGCGGCCGCGGGCCUGAACGUCUCCGUCGUCAUCAUCGUCUGCUUCGGCAUCGACUCCUUCCGGCAGUUCCAGCAGGUGUCGCUCACGACCAGCGUCUUCGGCCUCGACCCCUCGACGCGCGCGCGCAUGAACGCGGUGCUCAUCAUGUCGAUCUUCAUCGGGCAAAUCAUAGGGACCGCGGCGGGCACUUCGUUGUUCACCCACCACGGCUGGCGUGCGGCAGCGGCGCUGAGCCUCGGAUGCGAAAGCUUCUGCCUGUUUGUUCUCUUCGUUCGUGGGCCGCACUGCACAAGAUAUACGUGGUUUGGCUGGGAAGGCGGCUCCGCAUGGCGC